AUGGCGACGGACGGUCUCUGCCGCUUAGCGGACUUAGCAUUGCAGGCUGAGCAGGCUUCGCCUGCUGUGGUGGGGACGGGGAGUCAGUUGCCUACUUUUGGUUCAGCGGUGUUCUGGAAAGAUUAUCUGUUUUUUCUCACGCUCUUCGUGGGUCUGAACGAGGCAGUGCGGCUAAAUGCAAAAUUGAAAAUCAAGCCUUGGCCAUUUCUUGCACGCCUUGCACUUUCCUGCUCAGGGAGCGUGUCUUUUUCCAGGCAUAAGACCGUGGAGGAUGCAGAACCUGGAAAGAUCUUGCGCAGCCCGAAUGAGAGCCUAGUAACCGGCAGCACCGGGGGCACUUGCCCCAUCCGGGCGGCCAAAACAAUCCCAGCGCUGCUCAAAGAGCAAGCAGCGCGGAUUCCAGAUGCCACAUUUCUUGAAAUCUGGGCGCCUGGGAGAGGGACCCUCCGAAGCCUAAGUUUUCGCCAAUUUGCCACUGCUGUCGAGAAGGCAGCUGGAUGGUUGAAGGCACAGGGCCUGAUGGAUCAGGAGCAUAUUGGGAUCCUCUCGCAAGACACAUUGGACUACAAGGUCCUACUACUUGGAUGUAUGCAGCUUGGAGCUGUACCUGUUCUGCUGAGCUGGAGGCAGCCCCUGGCCAUUCAAGAAGCCAUGUUGUCUGCGACUAAGUGCACCAAGCUCUUGGCCUCUUGCUAUUACGAGGCAGCAGCCAAACAGCUAGUCAAGCAGCUCGAUGUCCAGCUUCUCCUGAUGGAAGGCAUGAAUUGCGAGGAGAGUGAGGAGAGUGAGGAGCCCAACGAGGGGACCGACGGAUACGACAACCCUGUGGCAGUGAUCCUUUUCACGUCAGGUAGCACGUCAACGCCUAAGGCCGUCCCUCACCGCCACAGCAGCCUGCUGUGGAACUGCCGGAACAUCUCACGUGAGAAGUCCGAGGCUGUGCUGUUUCCAAACGCUGGGACUGUUUGUUUCCUGCCAAACUUCCAUGCCAUCGGCUUGACCGUGAACUUCAUUUUCAACCUCUACGCAGGGAUUCGCUGUGCAGUUCUGGAAGCACCGGAAUCGAGUCCGGUGACCGUGGACUUGCUACUGGGAGCUUGUAAAGAUCUUCGGCCCACAGUCCUGAGCACGGUCCCGUGGGUGAUUGAGGCGAUCUGUAAAGAGCUAGAAAGAGGUGAAAAAGCAGCUUCUUAUGCGGCUAUUUGUGGGCGUCUGCAUCACAUUGCCUUUGCAGGUGCGCAGUUACCCACAGGCUGCUUCGAGGUUUGCAGAAUGCAUGGGAUCAAACUACAGGUGGAUUAUGGGCAAACAGAGUUGGGAGGGCCUCUUCUCUUUGGCCGCUUAGGCGCCAGGACAGACUUGCUGCAGCCAGUGGCUGGUGCGACCUACUCCUUCCGCUCUUUGCUCAACUCGUCGGAGGAGCCACGCCGUGGUGAGCUGGUGCUCCACGGCGCGCAAUCGGCGGCACAGGCGUACCUAAGAGGCAGCCAGGGCCGCCCACUCACGGGUCCAGGGCAGCUGACAGCGGAGGAGUACUGGACAGGGGACAUCUUUGAAGAAGUUGAGUGGGAUGGCUCCACAUGGCUUCGUCAUUUCUCUCGCAGCGAUGACCUGCUUGUCCACACGAGUGGAGAGAUGACGAACCCUCUCCCCAUGGAGAAGGCACUGGGUCGCCUCGGGCUUCGAGCCUGCGUGGUGGGCGACCGUUUUCCAAGGCCGCUUCUGGUCAUUGAAGCAGAGCGAACCAAGGAGAAGAGCGCCUUUGAGCUUUGGGCCGCCAUCAAGGAGUGCAACGCCUUGCAGCCCGAAUGGUCCCGAUUCUUGCCGCAGCACGUGGUGUUGAGCCAGGACAUGCCCAUGAGCGUCAAAGGCGAGAUCCAGCGGCAGUCGUUGCAGAAAUGCAUGGAGCCCACGCUCUCCUGGCUGAUGUUGGGCGGGCCUUCCCCAGAUGCGGAUGCAGCAGCAGCAGCAACCUGGUUCAUAGAGAACCUGGAGACUAAGGAGCCUUCCUUUGAUUCACUUGCGAUGGCAAGGGAUCAGAAACCUCCAGCAGAACUUGGGCACUUCUAUUUUGUCAUGAUCUUUGGUGUGUUCCUGGGUCACCAUUCCUUCCUUAUCCGGAGAAUUCUGGAUGACAAAGCUGCCGGGAAGUAUCACGCUCUGAACAAUUUGUGGGGCACCAUGUCCAUGCAAGGAUUUGCGAUGUAUGCUGGGUAUCUGGACGAGCGAGAAUCUCCAACAUUUCAGUCGCUUGGGCAGCUGCUUAUCCCAUGGGUUUUUGGACGUCUCAUCAAAUUAGCGAAACCCGGAGUCGAUAGCAGCUGUGAUUAUCCUUGGUUCUUCAUGUUCAUGUUAUGGGCACGGCUUCUGCACAUUGUCACACGUUGUCUGCCUACAUCGCGCCGGGCUGCAGUAUGGGCAGUACGGCUUGUGCUUGCAUCUGCCUUACACUUUGGAACAGGCUUCACUGCUGCCAAGAAUUUUAUAGAUGUUGAAGCAGGUGAUCCGCAGCCGUUGGCAGUGGCCUUUGUGCCUUAUACUCGCCAAGCCGGCUCGCACCUGUUCCUGUGGUACUUCGGCUUUGGGGCGCUGCUUGGGUGGAUCAAACCCUUCUUAGUGAAGACGGCCAGGUCUAAGUGCUGUGCAGCAUUGCUGCUGACCGCUGUGAUGAAAUACUUCCACAGCAUAAACUACGAGUACGAGCGAGAUCCUUCAUCUGGCACGGGCUACACUGGAGUCACUGGAGCAGAUUUGUUCGUGGACAUCGCGCAUUGUUUUUUGUCCUUCCUGGCCCUUCUUUGUGUUCUCAUCCUUGUCCCACGCAAGAGGACGGCCUUUAGUGAUGCAGGCGGCAACUCAGCGAGCGCUUACCUACAAGGCCAGAGAUCUUUCGCCACAAUGUUCUUUGCCAACACAUACCUUCUUGUAGAUCAGUUGGCUAUGUUGGCUGUCUGGACUGGAGCACAGUCAGAGACAAGGUUUCUUUGUGCUGUGAUGGCAACAUGCUUUAUAUGUCUCUUCAUAAGUUUGGGGAUGGAGCCGUGCCUGCCCUUCUGGCUGCACGGUAUCCCUGCAACUGUCAUCUACGUGACAGUGCUCUUUGGACAAGCAUACCUCUGCAGCAUCCUCUCUGAGUUGCUAGGCUUGCGUACUUGA